GCUAAUCAAGUCAGCACGGUUAGCACGCGCUCAGCGUUUGAUAUUGAUAAGCCUCCAUGGAAAAGACUAAAAGACUCACCAAUUUAUGUCGAUUCCCGCAAGACCAACGCAAGAACAUGGACAGAAGAGAGAUCGUUAUGCAUUACGCAAGGAGUAAUUUGUAAUGAAAUUCAUAAAACGUAUAUGCGUGGUUAACGGAGUGGAGCUGAAGUUUAGGAUUUCGCAGUGAACAAGAGACAACAUCACCAUCAAGAAGACAUUAAACUAAAAACUUUAUUUUAAAUUAUGGUAGCACAAACUGUCUGCACAUUUUUUCUCUUUUUUGGCAUAGACUCAGGACAAUUAUUCAUGCUUUACUGUGUCAUCUGAAGUUUCUGGAUUUUAAUAUGAUAAUUCCCAAUCCAUGCCCUGUGGUAGUGAUAGCUACACUACGUAGGUUUGAGUUUUAAAGGAAUUUCACACCUGUGAGACUUACAUUUAGUGUUCAAUUUUAAAACUAGUCACUGUAAUCAACAAAUUAUCUUCAAAGGGACUUUAAAUGGACCGCUUUCUCAUCAGAAAAGAGACUCAUUCGGCCGUCGAGGGCAAUUUGAGUGUUUACUUACAGAGUGGAAUUUCGAGCCUGCAUCGCUGACUUCCACAGAGCGAUUAAUUACUGGCUAUUUGCUCGUGAGCCGCUGUCCCCCAACCCGAGUGCUGAGAAGAGAGCGACUCGUGCGUCUCUAAAUGCACGUGUCUCUCGCGGAGGUUCGCGGCAGGGCAGCAAGAUGAGUUUGAGGGUUUGGCAGCUCGCGGUGCUGGCGGCGUGUCUGCGGCUUGGCAGCGCGGAGAGGGAUCCUCUCCCUGUAGCUCUGGCUGAGCUAGUGAAGAGUGGCUCUGUCUCCUCUGCAGAAGAUCUGGAGCUGCUGCUGCUCUCUGACUCCGUAGAUGUUGAUCCAGAAAGCUACCAUGGCAACAGCACCAACAAUCGACUGCCAAGGAGUCUUCUGGAUGCCCAGCCAGCACAGCAGGCCUUGUGUAAGGUGAGGACGGAGGUCAUGGAGGUCACCCGCUCUAUGCUGGAUCGCAGCAAUGCUCACUUCCUGUUAUGGCCGCCAUGUGUAGAGGUGCAGAGAUGCUCGGGCUGCUGCAACACAAAGAACCUGAAGUGUGUGCCUGUACUCACUCACACACGUUACCUACAGGUGAUGAAGAUCCAGUAUGCCAACAAGCGGCCAGUUUAUGACAAAGCUGUGGUGUCCAUCAGCGAUCACGUGGAGUGCCGCUGUCAGCCUGCACCGCGUCCUACUCCUCGCAAGAAGUCUCCUGCACACAAGCAGGAAGUAAAACAUCGUACAGGUAAACUUCGUUACAAAGAUGAGCUGCACCACCAGGAUGAGCUCAAACACAACCAGAGGCUCCGGCUGGAGGACCUGCUCAGUCACAGCUGGCCACCCAGGGAGAAGCUCACCGCCUUAGUAAUGUCCACCGGCUUUCUCCCUUCAGAUGCUCAUGAGCUUGAUCCUGGAAAUGAAGACUGGAGUCAUAACAAGACAGAACAUCCGUGGAGCACAGGUCAUUACCAUGGAGAUGGGAAGAAGUAUAAUGGCAGCUCCAGUAGUACAAGACGAGGGUCUUCUGAGAAACUGACCAUUCCCCUGCCCAAUCACACAGAGAGAGAAAAGCCAGAGGCAGGUUUAACACUCCACAAUGUUACGAGGCCAGGAGAGACACAAAGAGAGAAAGAGCAAUUGCAUAAGGACAAUGUAGAAGUAGUGAAAACUAUAAUGUUUAACCACAGGCUGAUGAAUCAAACAUAUAAAAGGGGGAUAAACCGCACUGAAAUGAACAGUGAGUCUAGUUCGCAAGCACAGACUGAUCAGAACCUGAAGCACAAUGACCCUCCUGCAAGGCCGACCAGUCAGACAUACAGGCCUGCUCCUUGCCCCAAAGACGGGACCAAUCAAAAGCUGCAAGGAAAUGAGGCUCCAGAGACAGAGAAGACACAGGAGGAGAAAGAAGGGAGGCAGAGUAACUCCGCCCUGCUGAAGGAGAAGGAGGCGCUAGAGGAGGAGAAAGAGGAGCUGCUUGUGCUGCAUAAACUCCUCGAUGAAGAAAAGCAAAAGCAUCUCCUAAAAACACAACUCAGUGACCAAGAGAAGCAGACAGAGCACCAGCCACAGCAUAAACACCAUCACACCUAUACGACCACACAACAAACAGAAACCACAUCUGCACUGGCAAAAGUGUCCCCACCCCACCCACCCGCCCGCACACACCCCCGACCGCCCCCUCGACCGCCCUCUCGUCCCUCCAAGAAACGGAGGAAACAACGCAACCGCAUCAGCAAGGCCGCCAUGAGGGCAAUGCUUAUGUAGUGUGCAAUGAUGUGUAAGAUGCCAUGAUGGUGCAGGCAUUGGCACGUUCCUGAAUAUUGCCAUUAUUCAUGUGUUUAUAUCCAUGGACGUCCACACACAGUAGUACUAAUCCUCAUCUAACAACCAUGUUCUUGGGAGAACAUUUGAUGGACAUUUGGGAGUUGAGCUACAUUUCCACCCUUUUUCCCAUGACAUAACCAUGAGUUUAUGGAGAAGGAUGUAUAAAAAUGAAAGUGUGCUGUGGAUUGGGACAGACAUGGUGGCAGUGUGCACCUCAUUAUAACCUGGGGCAACAACCUCUGUCUCUGUCCUGUACCUGGCAUGCUAGGAAAUAUGUAGUACAUAUUGGACAUGAGAAAAAGGUCUAGAAGCUUUCUGCAAUGGAAAAGACUGGACUAGAAUCAUUCAAGAAUGGGAUUGACUGGUCUGAAACCCCUCUGGAUUAAAAAGAGUGAUCUGUAAUCUUUAAGGAAUUGAAAAGACUGGUAUAGACGCUAUCUGGAAUGAAGAUACAAGUCUUGAAAUUCUUUGCAAAGGCAAAGACCUCUUGAUGCUUCAUGGAAUGACAAGACUGGUCUAGAAACCAAGAAAAAGAUACAGGAGCAGCUCACAUGAAUACAUAUUAUGCUCUAGUGUAUUUCACGAGUGCAAAGCUUAAUAACAUAGCUGUUGUACUGUGCUGUAACCUGGUUUCUCAAGUAACUGAUCACUGGAGCCUUGACUAGUGUGGCUGGUAUGCCAUUAUGUGUUUCAUCAGGGUGUGGCCAGCAUCACCUCAUCCAGGUGUGAGCUAAACAUAGAUCACUGGCAUUAAUUAAAGAAGAGCAUUUUCAUUCAUCCUUUUCAUUCAGUCAUGAAAAAGAGACUGGCAGAGUCUAAGACCAUGCAGCAGAUUCCAGAAUUUCAUUUACCAACACAGAGUGAAACAAUCAAAAUAUAUGUAGUAUUUGCAUUAUUUGUUAAUGUCGAGGUUCUUAACUCAUGCAAUAUUGAAGUUCCAACCACUUAAUAGAUACUUAUAUAUUAUGUAACCAAAAACACAAUACUUUUGCUUUAUUUUUCUAUUUAAAUUUUAUAUUAUUUAAUUUGACUGUUAACACUGGAAAUUCAUAAAAGUCAGAUAAAGGGAUUGCAAUUUUAUUUUAUUAAUCCAGACUUCUUUAAAUAUGAAGGUGCUACCUUAUGAUAAGAAAACAGCUUUACCGUUAUUUAUUCUCUUUGGAUAUCUUCAUAAUUAGUUUCCAUUCCUAAUUUCAUUUAUUUGGACCUCUGCACUCUGUUAAAUGUGUGUAGAGGAUGUCGUUUUGUCUCCAGAACACCUCUGCACAUGUCACCUAAGGAGGCUGUGUGUGCAUAGGACUGUCACAAAGGAAAAUAAAACACUAAACUAACCUGGUUGACAUAACCUACAGUUUUAAAAUUGACCAUUUGCUUUUUAUGCUGCCAUACUUGGUAACUGUUAUUAUAAAAUAAUGCAAGGCAACCAGACUGCAAAACAAACAUCAGAAAUAGUGGAAGUAUUUGAUUUUUUUAUUUAAUUUUAAAAACAUACUUCCUGCAACUCCUUGCUCAGUAAGUGCCUUUGUCUUUGCACAUAAUUAUGUUAGAUAUAGGACACUGGUUACCAAAGACCAAUGAAAAUAGUCCCAGUUUGUCCUACUGUGGUCUGUUUGUGCGUAUGUAUGUGUGUAAGUGUGUGCAUGUGUGCUGUGUUUUUUCUGUUUACUUUGUGUAGAGUGGCUUACCGUUCAUUCAGUCAAAAAUAAAUUUGACUUUUUCUUGUUCUGUA